AUGGCCACGCGCACCGGAGCGCCCGCCAGGGCGCUCGAGAAUGUUCCGAACGCCAAGGAUGUGACCAAGCCGGGACAGGCUGGCGUGGAUAUGACGCGCAGGAGGGCGCUUGGCGACAUCGGGAACGUGGGAGCUGGCGUGCAGACCCGGUCGCAAAAGGCCGCUGCUGGCGGCGCAGUCAAACCGGGCACCGCCCUCCAGCCCCGCCGCGACCCCGCCGCGACCGCCGCCGUGCUGCGCUCCCGCGCUACCGCGGCCCCCCAGAAGGCCGGCUCCAGCCUCAGCUCCCUGCUGCAGAGCCGCUCCGAGCACGCGGCCGCCAAGCGCCACCCGGGCGGCGCGCCGCCGCUGUCGCCCCUGCCCGACAUUGACAGCAAGGACAAGGACGACCCGCUGAGCGAGGCAGGCUACGCGCACGACAUCUACUGCUACUACCGCAGGGUGGAGAUCAACGAGAAGAUGCGGUCCAUCCUGAUUGACUGGCUGGUGGAGGUCCACCUCAAGUUCAAGCUGAUGCCCGAGACGCUCUACCUCACCUGCAACCUGAUCGACCGCUACCUGUCAAAGCGCAACGUCACACGCAAGCGCCUGCAGCUGGUGGGCUGCACGGCCAUGCUGAUCGCCUCCAAGUACGAGGAGAUCUGGGCGCCCGAGGUGCGCGACUUUGUGUACAUCAGCGACAAGGCCUACAGCCGCGAGGACAUCCUGGGCUGCGAGAAGAAGAUGCUGCAGGUGCUGUCGUACGACCUCACGGUGCCCACCACCUUCUCCUUCCUCUCGCGCUUCAAGAAGGCCGCCGCCCCCGAGGACCCCCGCGCCGCCCAGUUUGCAGAGUACCUAAUUGAGCUGGCCCUGGUGGACUACCCCAUGCUCAAGCAGCCGCUGUCCCUGGUGUCGGCCGCGGCCCUGCACGCCGGCCUCGCGGCGGUCGGCGCGGCGGACGCGUACCCGCGCCCGCUGCGGCGGCACGCGCGGUACGACGCGGCCGCGGUCGCGCCGGUGGCGCGCGCGCUGCUGGCGCUCGCGGCGAAGGCGGCGGCGGGCGGCAGCCUGAGGGCGGUGUACAAGAAGUACAGCAGCAGCAAGUUUGGGGAGGUGGCGAAGAUGGAGCUGCCUGAUAUGGGCCUCGACGAGAACGAUGGGACCGCCGCAUGA